GACAUAGGAGUAGGACAGAGGAUGACAUCCAUGAUUCAUGCUAUGGCCCAUCUCUCAAACCACUAUCAAUCUUCACCUUCGAAAACAUAGCAAUUACAACUUCUUUCUUAAGGCUGUGGCCAGCGUAUCUUAAGGCUUUAAUCGAAAUACAAGCGCUAGUGAAAGCAAAACUAAUCAUGCAAACACACCCAUUUGAGAUCUCACUCACUCUACCUUUUCCUGCUUUUUCAAGCAAUCUGGUUGCUCCAGCAGUAUCAAAUCACUGUAUCCAUUGAUUCCCUCUCCCACCUCUUUUGGAAAGAUAAGAUGCAAAACAACUAUGUUUUCUGUAACUAACGUUGCACAUUUCACCUAACUACAUCUUCUCCUCAACCAUGAUAAAACCCCUGCCUCUAUUGCCUACAUUUCAUCGAACACUUUGUGUGCCGAAGACCACUGCUUUGAUUUAGUCUUCUAAAACACAAACUACAAGGAUGUUGAAGCAAGCUCUCUUCACAUCCUCGCUCAUCUUCCUCUGCCUUCUCCACUGCUCCAUAUUAGUCCUAGCUCAAUCUCCAGCGCUUGCUCCGGCACCUUCUGGCCCAACCAAUGUCACCAAAAUCCUCGAAAAGGCCGGUGCGUUCUCGGUCCUUAUUCGCCUCCUGAAAUCCACCCAAAUGAUUAGUCAACUCAAUAGCCAACUCAAUGAUUCAAACAAUGAAAUGACCAUCUUCGCGCCCUCCGAUAGCGGGUUUUCAAGCCUAAAAACAGGCACCCUGAACUCCCUAACCGAUCAACAACAAGUUGAGCUGCUGCAAUUUCACAUGAUUCCCAAUUACCUCACAAUGUCACAAUUCCAAACUGUGAGUAACCCAUUAAGGACAGAAGCUGGAGGAGAUAAUAGUGGCAGAUUUGCAUUCAACAUCACCACUACAGGAAAUUCAGUGAAUAUAACAACUGGCCUUACAAACACCAGUGUUUCUGGUACAGUUUACACGGAUGGUCAGCUAGCUAUUUAUCAAGUGGACAAAGUGUUGCUUCCUAUUGACGUUUUCACUCCUAAGCCUCCUCCCGCCCCGGCCCCGGCACCAGCGAAGCCUAAGAAGAAGCAUAUUUCGGAGAGUCCAAGUACUGCAGCGGAUGCUUCUGGUGCAGUGAGUAAUUACAUUCUCAUCACGUUUAAUGCGGUGGUGGUGUAUGGAGUUGCAGUUGUUGCUGCAAUGUUCGUUACUUUGUGACGGUACAAAAGGGAUUUGAUCAAAUUUGGUGGCUAGAUUGGAGAACUCUGUUCUAUUGGUUCGACUGUGUGAUUUCGUUCGUGUGUUGGAUUGAAAGGUUGUUGAUGGAUCUGUGGUGAGUGCUUUUGGAAUAAUUUUCUGCUUCUUCAGUCCCAAUUUUAAUUAUCAUUCAAGUUUGUUAUCUAUUAAGGUUGAUUCUUGGGGUCGUUUGUUUUUUUCCUCUAUUCUUAAUUCUCCUUUUGUUGCUUCACUAGUUCACUCUAAUGUAUUUUUGUAAGGAUGUUGUGUCAAUGGACUUGGCAUUCUUCUCAUUAAUUUAUAUAUCAUGUUC